AUAUAGGCCUAGGGUUUCCUUCCUCCUCCAGUGCUGUCAUCGCCGCCGCCGCCCCGGUUUCCUUCGUAAGCCCGUCGUCCUCCGUCCGCGACUCUGCGCGAGAAGCGAGAGUAUGGACACCCAAGUGAAGCUUGCUGUUGUGGUGAAGGUGAUGGGAAGGACCGGCUCCAGGGGUCAGGUUACCCAGGUCAGAGUGAAGUUCUUGGAUGACCAGAACCGUCUCAUCAUGAGGAACGUCAAGGGACCGGUUCGCGAGGGAGACAUCCUCACACUGCUCGAGUCUGAGAGGGAGGCUAGGAGGCUGCGUUGAGGCGGAAUAGUGUAUUGGUAGUUUUCGUAUGGAGUUGGAUGUCAUCUAAUUGUGCUAUGUUUGUCAAACUUUGGUAUGACCUUCAAAACACCUGCCUUGUAUGAUUAUUUGUGAGCCUGGUGAUAAGAUUGCAGUUUGGUUUUUUA